UACAAGACGGAGUUGUGCAAGAGUUGGGAAGUGAAUGGGUCUUGCAGGUAUGGGAAUAAAUGCCAGUUUGCGCACGGGCAGACGCAGUUGAAGUCUGUACAGCGACACCCGAGGUACAAGACUGAACCUUGUGAGACGUUCAUUAUGACUGGCUCGUGUCCUUAUGGCGACCGUUGCUGUUUCCUUCAU